ACUGCCUUUGUCUGUCGUGUAAAGGACCCGGUAUGAGCCCUACCGCUCCAUCCAACCAUGAUACAAAAUGGUCAGAUAUAUUGGUCAAGCCAACAUCUACACCGCGCCCGCAGACCGCAGCACAGUCGUCACGUUCCAAGUUCGAGAAACGCUGGCAAUAUUCAGGAUUAAUUAGACGAUCAUUAUUCAAGGGAUCAUCUUCUUCAACAGCCGUCGACUCACUUCAGCCUCCGGACAGCACUCUGGAGCCCGAGACGGUAGCACGCGAGGAACAUAUGACAACAACGAGGCUCUUGAACCUUUGCGAAGUUAUCAGGCAGCCAUUUUUACAAGCGACAGAUACUUGCUUUGGGCUGAUAUUCAACACGUCAGUUCCUAAAGGACAGUCAUAUGAUGUGUACCCAAUCAUUCCGAGCAAAUAUAGAGAAAGGUGCAACAGAACCAUGACAUCGCUGAAUGAAGUCCUUUGGCCAGAAUCACCGGUACAUGAUCUUAUCGGAGACAGACAGACUCAAACUCACCGUCAUAAUAGCUUCCGAUCUACUCCAGCAUUGGUAGAUCAAGUUACAAGCUUUAUAGGGCCAAGUUACGGAAGUGCAGUCUCAAGGUGCAUUGAUGGAGAGUUUCACGGAUAGGGAGUAGGGCUAGAGGAUCAAGAUCUGUCUCACGAUGUGCACACUGGAGUCGUGGGGCUCUUAGAGAAGGAAUCGGAAAGCUAACAACUAAUUUACACAGAGUCUACUCAGCUCAAGAGCUCAGAAAUAGUCAAAGAUUUUGUAAAUAAGAUUGGGCACCCACAGUCAAUGUGUUGUUGAUCCGAAGCAAAUUCAAGGUGUGCUCCUACAGGGUAGUUGGUUGGUAUGUGAGAUGAUGGGUGACCAGUUCGAUACUUGACAAAAAACAAGGCAGAUGCUCUCAAAUGCAUAAAAAGUUAUGAAUGACGCUC